CCCGGUCGGUCGGCCGGCCGGUGCGCCCCUGGCCCUGCCCUCGCGCAUCCGACCAUGCGGACAGCGCAUUUACGCAGACGCCGGCCGCUCGCCGGGCGUCCCCAGCGCCCGCACUGCCGCUUUGCCUAAAGCUCUCCUGAGUCGCGCCCGCGCAUGCGCCAGCGCCACCCUGACCCUGCUGCCUGCCAACCUCUUAAAAGCGUCUCGGCACUUCGGCUCCGCGUCCGCCAAGGCAACCCAUCGAAUACUCUCGCCGCGCGCGCGCGCUCGCCUGCCCUCGGAACCUCCCAUUAUUGCCAUCACGCGCCGCGCGCACGCCCGCACGCAAAGGGAGCUCGCUGAUCGAGCGAGCUCUAGAGCUAGCGAGCUUAUCCAUCCAUCCAUCCAUCCCAAUCCCAUCAUGGCGAGAGCCUUCCGCGCGGCCUCCCCGCUGCCCCUGCCGAGCUCGAGGAGCGGCGCCGCCACCGCGGUGACGAACGGCGGCGGGAGAGGGAACUUCCCGUGGCUAACGAAGAAGAGCUCGAGCAAGCCGGCGGCGCCGAGCGGGGGCAGCCAAGAGAGCAAGGGUGACGAGCCCGAGGGGGCGAACACCACCCCCGCCGCCGCCGCCACCGGGUCCGUCGAGCAGUCUCCGUCCCCGCCGUCGUCGUCGUCGAGGAAGCGCGCGGACGCGCUGGCGCGGCUGCGGGCGGCGUUCCUGGCGGCGAUCACGCACAGGCGCCGGCGCCGGCAGCUGGGGUCCUGCGUGACGGGCACCAUCUUCGGCCGGCGGCGCGGGCGCGUGCACGUCGCGCUGCAGACGGACCCGCGCUCCGCGCCCGUGCUGCUGGUGGAGAUGGCCGCCUACUCCACAGGCGCGCUCGUCAGGGAGAUGUCCUCGGGCCUCGUGCGCCUCGCGCUCGAGUGCGAGAAGACGCCGCUCGCCGCCGGGGAGAAGCGGCGGGGGUUGCUGGAGGAGCCAACGUGGCGCGCGUACUGCAACGGUCGCAAGUGCGGGUUCGCGGUGCGGCGGGAGUGCGGCGCGGACGAGUGGAGGGUGCUCGGCGCGGUCGAGCCGGUGUCCGUGGGCGCCGGCGUGCUCCCGGACGACGUCGCCGGCGCCGGAGCCGUGGAGGGCGACCUGAUGUACAUGCGGGCAAGGUUCGAGCGCGUGGUGGGCUCCAGGGACUCGGAGGCGUUCUACAUGAUGAACCCCGACGGCAGCGGCGGCCCCGAGCUCAGCAUCUACCUUCUACGAGUCUGACCGGCACCGGCGGACCUGGCCGGUGGAUCGGACAUGGCUGAGAAUGCUUCAGCUUUGCAAUUGGAUUCCGUCUUUGUAUGUAGUGUACGCAUGCAUGCAUAGUCUGGUUGGGCUUUUUGUGUAGUUGUGUUUUUUCACGUAAUUUGGAGAACGGGAUGGAUGGCUUGGCAAAGGUGUAUGUACAAUAUUACUGAUCACUUACAUGGUUAUUAAGGUUAAUUGCUGUGGGUGAUUGGUCUCUA